CCAGCAACCGGCCCACCAGAUCACAGACCCAGAUGAACCCAAUAAAAGGAGAUUGACACAGUCGAAUGACUAGUGCCCCUGUAUCUGUAUCCCCAUUCCCCAGAACUGUCUGCAGAAGAGGAAGAGAAGUAAGGACAAGCAUGGUGAGACUCGUCACCGCUUUCGGGAUGACGGUGGCUGCCUUCAUGUUCUGGGAGACCAUGGACAAGGUUCACGUCUGGAUCGCUCUACGCCAGGACGCGAAGAAAGAGAGAAUAGAGAAUGAAAUGGCAAUCAAAAGAAGGCGAGAACAGCUGAUCGAGGAAGCCAAACAAAAGGGGAUGCUUCCAUAAGCUUUGCUGGUGCUCGAAUGCCAAUAGUGUCAUUGGGCUACUCUAUUAUUUUUGUUAUUUUCUUGAAUAAUUCAGCUCAAAAACUUUCUCGUAAAGCAUAAUUGGUUUAUGACUUUUUACCACCGAGGGAAAAUUAAAUUGUUGUGUUUCGGAAA